AUGCCUAAAGAAGUUCACUCUCAAACUGGUGUCAGUCCUGGAAUAAUUAGCAGGACAAGGGCAAUGCACUGUCCUGAGCUCCCCAAGCACUCUGGUGGCCACCCUUCUAAGCUCUCACCAAAAAUUUGCCAUGCCACCCACUUGUUGACUGGCCCUGCCCCCACAACCCCAUGCCUAGUUGCUCAAGAGCUCUCUAGCACAAAUGAGGUUGCUGUCUCAAGCCUUACUGUGCAUUGGGCAGUGCAGAAAGCUGGUGUGGUGCUUUUUGUCAAGCCCAAAAAGCCAGCUAUGACAAAGGAACAUAUCAAGGCACAUUAUGAAUUUGCUAUGGCACACCAGCACUGGACAAUGGAUGACUGGAAGAGGGGUUGGCCAGGCACCUCAGCCCCACCAGAUCAUCAAAACCCACAAGCAUGGAUGAGGCCAUAUCUGAUUUGGGCAUGCAUGGGGUGGGAAGGCCUGGUUCAUGUGCAGGAUAGAUGGGCUCUCACCAAGGAACUCUAUGUGGAGAUCUUAGAAGAUGAAUUCAAGCAAACUCUGGAGUACUAUGGGUUGGACAUGGAGAAGGUCAUAUUUAUGCAAGACAAUGCAAGCUCCCACAAGGCCCAUAUUGUACAAGACUGGUUCCAAGAGAGUGGCUUAGAGGUCUUUGAGUAG